AUGGAGGGCAUGGGUGACCUCGGCCGGAACUUGGAGUUCAUGAUGAUGAAGAUCGCCCAGCUGGAGACGGUCGUGGAACUCCAGCAGCUGCAGAUCAAAGACAUGAACGAGUGGAGGAAAGCACACAUGAGCCAGGAACACAACGAUCCUCAGCAGCCUCCUUCCACCCAGGAGGUGCAGUUGGCGGCAAAGACCAAAAUCCGUCAGGCGCAUGACACCUUGAAAGGCGCAGCUGGAGACGCGCACCUUCGCAACCAAAGCCCACGAGACGCAGCAACCGCAAAAGCGGCCGCAGCAACCGCGGGCAGUGCCGACAAACUCCACAGAGGCACAGAUGGUCCAAUUAAUGUUGAAUGA